CGGUUCUGUCGUGAGGGGGAACGUAGCGGAUGGUAUCCGGUACUGUGUGUUUGUGUGUGUGUUGUGUGUAUGUGAGUGUGUGUUGUGUGUGUGUGUGAUGCGGAGGCGCGAUGCUGAGUGUGGAGUCGCUGCAGGUGGCGGAGGAGGAGGUGGUGGAGUCGAGCUCCAGCCGUCUCGGUGAUAUCUACACACUGGUGGCUGAGGGCUGCUACCCGCGCGCCAUGAACCCCGUGCGCAAGAAGAACCUGAAGCGGUACGCGCGCAAAUUCACCCUGGACGACGGGCGUUUGUACUAUGUGGGGAUGAAGAAGGAGGAGAAGCGCGAGGUGGUGAUCGACGCCGAGCGGAAGCGCCAGAUCUUCCUCGAGUGUCACUUCAACGAGCUCGGCCACCACCUGGGACAGAAGAAGACAGUGCACCGCAUCCAGAGCAAGUACUACUGGCUGGGCAUCGUCAAGGAUGUAGUGGACUGGAUCAAAGUGUGUGAGACAUGUCGGCACGCAGAGCGGAACAAAAACAUGGCGCAGACGCCGAGGCCACUGAAGGUCGACGGCCCCUGGGACACCGUUACCCUGGACAUAAUGGGCCCGUUCCCUUGCACUACACAUGGAGGAAACACACACCUAGUCAUCGUUACAGAUUACUACAGUAAGUGGCUGGAGGCGUUUCCUGUCCAGAAGAGAGACUUCCUGUGUGUGGCGCGAUGCAUUUCGUCAACUGUUUAUCGGUACGGUUCAGUAAAAACCAUUCUCUGCUCUCUGAACGCUGAUUUCUGCGAACAGGUGAGCAGGCAGCUGAGCGAGCGCUGGGGUUUGCAGCUGAAGCUCCAGCACAACGCCCUCCUGGAGCGCUCCAACCCUCUGCUGAAGGACACCGUCAAGCAGGUGGUGGCAGAGAAGCAGGCAGAGUGGGACGAUUUCAUAGAUCCCGUUCUGGCGCUGUUUAGGAUGUCGGUGAACCCCGAGACCAGGUUCACGCCCUACUGCCUGAUGUUCAACCGCAAAGCCAGCGCGCCCGGUCAGAUGAAACUGGAUUUACUAAGUUAUGAGCACGAUGCAGCAAACGAUUCCCUCAGCGAGGAGCCGGAUAACAGCUUCGUCUCGUCCAUCAAGGAGCAGCAAAAUCAACUCCAACAGAUGGUCUUUUCAAACAUGAACUCCGCGUACAAGCAGGAAAAGAAAAGUGCCAAACGGCGAGGCAGGAACGUCUCCUCCAUAACCCUGACCGUCACCGAGCCCUUGUGCCCCGCUGACGACUCGCCCUCACCCAAAAGACUGAAGGACGACCUGUUCCUUACGUUCCCUGUCGAGACGGUGAUCAGCGCAGUUCAGGUGGUCACGGAGGAGGGAAAGGACGCUCUGGAGUACGUGCUGCCAGGACCUGAUGUCCACUGACGGCAGCGAUUAAUAACUCAUUAGGUCAAAGGAUACAAGUGUCAGUGUAUGAGAGACUGAUUGUAACGGCCCGUCUCAUAAGGUUCAGCUGUUUGUGACAGCAUCGGCGCUUAUAAAACAGGGCAGGAUGUUAUUUGUUACAGUCUUUUUGUAUAUAAUGCAUCGCUUCAGUAAUGGCUGAAGGAUUUAUUUUUUUUUUGGUGGCUGAAUUUUCCCAGAAUCUUUUUUUUCAUCAUGUUGGCUUUUAGGAUAAUAAACACUAAUGUAUCAGCACUGUUUCUGUUUGCACCUUCUUUAUAUUUUUCUUGUGUUAUUUGAAAUUAAAAAGUAAAAUUAUGUGUC